CCGCCGUCCGGCCCCGCACGCUGGCGUCCGCGCCGCCCGCCCCGGCAUGGACGACGACAGGGACCACGGCUCCAGCUCGUCGGAGGGGAGGAAGCGACCGUACAAGGUGUGGGAUAGCCGGCGAUACACCAAGAAAGGCAUUGUCGCCAGCUCGCUGGAGGAGUUGCUCAACAGGGGGAGAGAAAAGCUGCGAUACGACGUCGAGUCCAUGGUCUCUGCCGUGCUGGAGUCAGACGGUACCACCGUGGAUGACGCCGAGUACUUCGCCACACUGCCCGACAACACAGUCUUCCUUCUGCUCCGGGACUCGGACCGCUGGCUGCCGCCAGGCGUCGACGUCCUCAGAGCAGCGCUCACCUGCAUCCCCCGCAUCGUCUGCCAGACAAUGCACGCGCUCGACCUGCGGGACGAGGCGCCCUCCUGGAAGAUCGCCGACCAUCGGGGCCAGGUGACCAUCCAGCUGCACUGGGACGCCGACCGGCGACAGGCGGUCGGCUCUCCCGGCCGGCGCGCACACAUCGUGGUGCGCGGCGUGGGCGAGGCGCCGUUCGAUCAGCGGAAGGCGACGUCGCCGGUCGCGGCGCCGUUCGCGGCGGCGCGGUCACGGCUCGAGGAGCCACCGCCGCCGUACGCCGUGCCGCCCGGAGCCGGGCGGCUCUCCCGCCAGGGCAGCUCGGUCGAGUCCGGCUCGGUGCACGUGCACACGGCGGAGUGCGGACCACACCACCACCCGCAUCACCACCACCACCAUCACCAGUACCAGCACCAGCUCCACGUGCAGCCGCGCAGCUCGCCGCCCGACGAGUGCGACUUCCACUGCUGCGCGCUGCACGCCGGCCGCGGCGCCAUCUCGGUCAAGAAGUCGACGGCGACGUCGCCGAUCCGCGAGCCACCGCCACCGCCGCCGGCGCGCCGACCACUCUCGCACGUGCGCUUCGACGAGGCGGCCAAGAAAGACAACGGACCGGCGCCGGGACCGUCCGGAGCGGCCGCCGCGCCCGAGGAGAGCUCCGAGUCCGAGGGCGACAACACGGCUAACGAGGAGGGCGUGACCGAGAAGCUGCUGCUGCUGGUCGACCAGCUGAGUGUGGAGCGCAUGCGCUACUUGAGCAUCAAGGACAUCGGCAUAAUCCUGGAGCGACUCAGCUCCAAGAUCCUGGACGUGGAGCGGAUGGAGCGCGAGAAGGACGGCGACGACUGCCACAACUGGACGCUGAAGGCGACCAUCCGCGGCGACGUGCUGCGCGACAUUGGCGUCGUCUACCACGGCCACUACUAUAGCAUCGGCGAGCACCCGCGGUACGAGCGGCGCGUCGAGCCGCCGCCGCCGGCCGAGCCACCGCCCCCAUGA